ACUUAGGAAAAGAUUUUGUUUUCUAUUUGGUAUUCUAUGUCAUUUAGCUGGUUUUAUUUAAAUGACAGUAUCCUACAGCAGGAUAUGAUAUACUCAACUUCUAGUGGUUUUUAAAAAAACCAACAACAAAUCAAACACAAAAAACACCCAAAUCCCCAAAAUUUAAAGUUUCUGUGUCCUACAGGUUGAAGAUGAAAUAUUCAGUAUCCUAGCAUAUGUGGAGAAAUUAAAAAAUAGUUUUUUAAACAUGAGUCUGCUACUGAGAGACUACUGUUAUAUUACAUAGUGAUUUAAAAUUAAUGAUGCACAGAGUUUGAGGAAAUACUGAUCUUCAUUUCAGUUGCAUUAGGUGGUUUUGUCCCCCUUUGAUUUUUACAAGGCUAGUUACAUUGCAAAUUUUGCAUUAUUAAGUUUUCUGAAUCUUUCAAGAGUAGACUUAACAGUAAAUUCUAGUUUCCUUUAUUUCCUGUUUUCUUUUACCGUGUUCUGCUUUUCUUUCAUGCUUCACUCUGUCUUCAUCUUGACUCAGAGUACAUGUGACCAAACUGAACUGACCGAGUCUGUUCCUAUCACUGUCAGUAAACAAAAGUAUCUGAAUAUCCUUCACAAGAAAUCUAUUUCAAAUAGGGCUGAAAUCAAACAUCAGACUAUUAAUAGAGUUACUGAUGGCAGUGAAGUAGAUGAGGAUACAGGCAUGCAAGCAUGCAUCAUGCCUAAUGAAGUCCAGGAGGCUGCUGCAGAUGUAAGCAGAGAAGGGUGUCCUGAAGAGCACCCUGAAGAUGGUGAGAAAUGCGAAGACACAGAGAUUUCUAGGGAGGGACUGAAAACCAAAAUUAUAGCUGAAGCUGGUAAAGAGAGCUGUGGUGAAAAAGAAGAAAAUAUAACCCAGCCUGAAAGUGGAAAAGUUAAUGAGAAACAUGAAGAAGAAGAGAGGAAGCAAGAAAUCUUCAAGCAGUCAAAUGUUGAUGAAGAAGAAUGUGUAGAGGAGCCUGAUCCUGACAAAAUGAGCUGCAAUCAGUCUGAUUCAGGGCAACCUCCUAAUCAAGCUAAUGACUGUGAAGCAGAGAAAAUAAAUAUGAGUAAUGAAAUGAAUCAACACACUGCAGAGAAUAAACAGGAAAAUGACCCAAGCUGUACAGAAGGGAUUGAAACUACCCCAGAAUUUUGUGAAAUGCUCGAGGUUUGAUGCUGUAGUGGCCCUCUAGCAUUUCUUCAGUACAAAUGAUGUAGAAGUAGAAUAGUUUGAUCUUGAUAAAGCAGUGCUUUCCUAUGCAUGGUCUGCAGGGAUAUUGAAGUACUCACCAAAUGGUCCAUAAAGCAAACUAUAUUACUUUCAUGAUAGUAUGCAUGUCAGCUUGCAAGUAAGCUACUGUCAAUUCUAAAAUUUUGAUCCAGAGAGUUUACAAAUAACCCUAAAGAUACAUGGAGCUAAUUGAUGUCUUUCAUUCUUUAAGAAACUUAUGAUAUGUUAUUAUUUACACUAAAAAAAUGCUUUAAUGAAGCAAAUACUUGAUUGCUAUAGUUAGUGAUAAAGUAAUGAAUCAAAACCACUGAUUAUUAAGUUAUUAAAAGGUUUUACUCUUUACUAGUCAGGCAUAAUAAUUUACUGCAUCACAAUGAUUUCAGUUGGCACUAUUAAGUAUGAAAAGCUGUCCUUGUGUAGUUGAAAUCACUAUCCUCCAUGGAUAAAGACUUAAGAUUUUGGGAACUAACAGAUUCAAUGAGAGUUACAUACUAUUAUUCCUGGUUUGCUCUCUGAUCCGUUUGAGAUAAUUAAAAUUUCUUAUGACAGAUGUGCUAUUUAAAAAACUAUCAGAAUAUGCCCUUAAAAUUAGGUGCUAUUCCCAGGUACAGUGUCACAGCCUACUUCAUUCAGUAGCUUAUUUAUCUUUUAGUCUUUGAGGUUUACUUCUACAGAAUAGUUUGAGAAGUAAUUUUGGUUUGAUUUAUA